AUGAAACCCUCUGUGUCACACAGCUCGAUAUUGGUGACAGUAUCGACAGGGCGUGUUGCACCACCGCGAUCAGAUCCAGGUAAAGACCGCAAAAGCCGGCAUUCACCCAAGAGCAUGCUACAUGGCCGCUGGUCUCAAGUCCAAUGGAGUUUGCUAGUCUACGAACAAAACACAGCCUUACAGCCUUCCAUCCGCCUGGAGGCGUGGAUAGCCGUGUGGUCGGUCACUGAGAGUAUCUCGGACAUUCCCCGGUAG